AUGUGGAGGUUUGUCAACAACAUCUCCAGAGGAUUCAAAAACCAUGUUCACAGUCUGCGACCUUCGGCGGGGCUCUAUGUGGAGGAAGAACAGGAAGCGUUAGAGCUCCAUGAAAAAACUUGUCCGUUUUCUGGACGCCGGUGCAAAUCUCAGGAUAUUGAUGAGGUCAAAGGUUGCAGUGCAAAAGUUUUGAACAGUCUGUUUGUGAACAAGAGACCUGUUGAAGAUAGCAAGAAUGAAACAACCUGCCACAUUGGAGACAAUCAAGACUUCAACACUGGUCAGCAAGAUGGCAGUCGACAAAGGUCAUCCUGUCAUUAUGACUUCUGGAGAAUGUUUAGUGGCUCACAUCGUAUGUUGGAGGCCAUAUCUUGGGGCUCUAUGGUGUUGUUUGGUGCCGAUACAGACAGACAUCGCUAUAAAUCUCGGUUGUUGUUUAGAGUUCUGUUGGCCAAUUACAACAGAACGGUCGUCAGAUCCAUCAACAGUGGCACCAGCACCCCCACAGGCCUCCAGCAAAAUAUCAGAUCUGCCAUCAGCCCCGUCACGUUGCCACAUCAGCAAGACACAGUUGUCAGUGAUGUGCCAGUUGGAACACAGUCUUCCCCCGGCAACAAAUUACAGACUGAGACUUUAGACUCUGCCAUGAAGGAGUUUGAAUCCAUGUGCACCGAAUACACAGCUACAACGGAAAGUCUUCUGGGCCUUGAGGCUGCCAUCCAGGGAGACUUUAAUGCUGCAGUGCAACACCUGCAGUCCUCCUGUGCCUUAGGCAACACCUCUGCCUGCUUCAACCUGGCUUUAUGUUACGAGACUGGUUCUGGUGUACCCCAGGACUUGCACAAGGCCAAACACUACUACAAUCUGGCAGCAAAAGAAGGCCACAGCAUGGCCUUGUACAACCUGGGACUGAUGUGCAUGCAGUGCAACAACUACAUCUCGUCAGCACAAGCAACAGAUGCUGCUGCAUGUGGUUGUGGCUGCAAUCAGGUGCAAGGUCUCAAUCUUUUAGAGAAGGCAGCACAACUAGGCCUGGCCCAGGCUCAGACCUACUUGGGCAUACACCACAUUGAACAAAACCAUAAUGUGAGCAAGGCAGUGCCCUACUUCAGAGCUGCUGCGGAACAGCAUGAUGUGGAGGCUCAGUAUUUCCUGGCCAUUUGUUACGAGCAAGGCUGGGGGGUGGAGCUAAAUGAAUGUCUGGCUGCCCAAUUGUAUUCCCAGGCAGCUAGUGGUGGACAUGAGGCGGCUAUUUACAAUCUGGCAGUCUUCAAUGAACAUGGACUUGGUGGCUUGCCUCAAGACAAGUCUUCUGCCAUAGACCUCUUCCAGAAAGCUGCAGAUCUUGGCUGUGAACAAGCAAAACAGAGACUGGACCAAAUCAACAGUCAACAAGCAAAACAGAGACUGGACCAAAUCAACAGUCAACAAGCAAAACAUAGACUGGACCAAACCAACAGUCAACAGGCAAAACAGAGGCUAUAUAAAAUCGACAGUGAACAGACACAGCAGAGGCUGGGUGACACAGUGACAUUAGAGAAUUCAAAAGUUGAAAUGUUCCGUCAACUCUACCUGCAGCACCACCAAGAGGAACAGAGACCUAGCAAGCAUGGGCACAACUCCUCACUGAGUCCAUCUGCCUCAUCACCAAAUCUGACAGAACACUUUCAUCAGCAUCUGUCUUUUUUCUUUGAGAAUCAGCCCACAGACAUGGCUGUGAGCCGAGUUUCUGGCCAGUUACAGCAGGACAAUAAGGCAACUGGCAUCUCCUUCCGUCUUGGCAGUGAUGGAGAAUCAGAGGACGAUGAUGGCCUCCUGUCCCCACGGUCCGACAGAUCAUCUGUGGAUGAGAGCUUUGAAAGUACAGCAUACGCAAUCUUUCCGUCUGUGGGGAAUCUGCACAAAUCUCGGUCACAUCCAUGCUUUCCAUUGAUGCACUCAAGUGUUGAAGUGUAG